AUGGCUGGAUCCCAUCCUUCUACAAAUAAAAAAGUCACUCAUCAAAACCAUCAGGAAAAACUCAUAUCUCUAACAAGCACGCCCCACAUCGAAACAGUUGAUUACUGUGCCAUUGCUGCAAAAUCAUCCAAAGAAGCCGAUGGGACCAUCCCCUAUAUCGUCGCAAGAGGUUGCUAUGAAUUGUUUGCUUUCGAUCCACAAAUUAGAGAGGAUGCAAUCAACAGCAUUCGAGCCAACUUGGAGUCUUUUUAUGUCUUUUACGACAUCGCCAAAUCACCACCUCGCAUGGAGAAUUCGGACUUGGAGCCCAUUGAUUUAUCGGUAUCUUUGGCCGAGCUCGCGAAUGAAACAUAUCUAAAUGAUUAUGCUUUCCAUGACAGGCUUUCGAAUCUCAUUGCACGGUUGCAGGACCCGCAUACGGUAUACAAAAGCAUGUGUUAUCAGCAAUUUGUCUUCGUUCAACCCAUUUCAACCUAUGGUGUAUACGAAGAUCAUCGACAGCAAGUAAAAGUGGCUUCAAUUCUUGAUAAAUUAGACCCGCGAUUGACGAGUGAUCUGAAUGACUGCGAGGUCACACACAUCGAUGGCCGCUCAGCUUACGAGAUGAUCGUUGAAUUUGCCAAAUCCAAAGCAUAUAGUAAGGACAGAGGGGUCCGUAUCAACAAAUCGUUCUCGUCUCUUGCACAUGACAAAAUUGGGGGUUAUUAUGAUCAUUAUUCUAUGGGCACCUUUGCUCAGAGGACAAGUAUCCCGCCUAAUGAAACGAUCGAAUAUAAAAUCGACUGCAGGUCAAAGUUCAGCUUGAACACGCUGCCACAGAACCUCUCUACAUUGUUAGCGACCUUUAAGUUAUCAUGGACAGCACUGGAUGUAACGAUGUUGCCAUUCAAUGAUGCUCGCUCCUACCACAGGCAAUUCUGUACUCAAGGCUCUAUCCAGACAGUGAAAAAGCUUGUUCUUAAUUCUGCGUUACCAGAUGAUUUCAAUUCUGUCAAGGAAGACGCCCUUGGGACUUAUAAGAAAGCUAGAGAAUUGUAUCGUGGAGCGUAUGCAUCUUUCUACCUUUUAGAUGACAAUAUAACAGGCAUCUUUCGGCUUGGCACAGAGUCACCUCAUAAAGAAAAAGUCCAGUCGAAUUUUUAUGCCAACAUUGACAAAGGAUUUGAAGCAUUGAGCAAGGCAGGAGCUAGAAAGCUUAUUGUUGACUUGCAAAACAACUCUGGCGGGAUCAUUUGUUGGGGUCGUUAUGUUUUGCAGACGCUUUUCCCUCAAACAGUCAAUUCGCCCUACAUUUACAGUCUGCGUGCUUCGCCUUUGGCGCAGGCGCUGGCACAAGCAACAUUCAUUUAUGAUUGUGAAAGCGACUCACCAUAUGAUGGAUUUGUGGAUCCAAACACAGGAGAAGAAUUCACAAACGAUUCAUGGAUGAUACCUGGGACUACGAUGCUUGGAAGGCAAGGCAACUUCAGUGACAAGAUAGCAGAUAGGCGCUGCUCAGCAGUGGAGGAUGUCAAAGGCGAUCAUGAGAACGCCAUGUUUGCUCCCUCAAAUAUUACCCUUCUUACAAAUGGAUUUUGUGGAUCAACAUGCGCUGUCCUCGCCAUACAAAUGCACGAACGUUAUGGUGUGCGCACGGUUGCCAUCGGUGGAGUGCACGGACAGCCCAUGAUGUUUACCUCUUUCCCUGGAGGGGCUGUUCAAGCAAACAAUACACUUUGGAUAAAACGCAUCCAAGAUGUCAUUGACAUAUUACCCGAUAAUCUACACACUCAACAGAUUAAAACGCUCCUUCCAAGGCAGUUACCAGCUAACGGACAACUCGCCUUUACAUUCCGGCAGGUGCUGAGCACGAUCAACCCGGAUCAAGUCCUAGAGUAUAUGAGGAUUCCAAGCGAGUUCCGAAUGGACUAUACAGUUGCACGUUUCCGACUACCUUCUAUUUUAUGGAAAGAUGUCCGAGACCUGGUAUGGGAUACUAUUAUGUCAUCGAAGGGGAAGGAGGAGGAGAAGGAGAAGAAGGGCCUAGAGGGCGAUGAAAGCUUCGGAGGGGAUUUGGAGGGGAUUUCGGAGGCAAUUUUUAGCGAUCAAAAGAUUGGAACGAUGGUUGAAGUUGAAAGAACAGCUGCGGAUGAUUUGAUGAUGGCGAUUUUGGGGCUAGAGGGAGCAGAUCGUGAGGACUUCCGAUGGAUCCAUCAAUUCGAGAUGUACUAA